ACUAAUCCUCCUUGACACUUUGUCCCUCAACCAAAAGAUCUUUCCCCUUUCUUUGUGGCUGCAGCUUAUACACAUCCACAACCAUAAGUGUGUCCACUUCACCCAGCUUCAUAAAAGUAAAACCAAUCUCUCUCUCUCUCUCUCUCUAUCUGUGUCUAUCUCCAAUGGCAGAAAAUGUAGCUCUACCUCUUCUACUCCCAAACCCACCACACUCAAGACCCAUAUUCCCCAACAACCACCACACCCAGCACCACCCUCCAUUACCUUCACCACCACCACCACCCAUAUCCCCUAUUAUCCAAGACCUCCUUCUUCUCCAAAACCCCAAGACUUCCUCACGCUCAGAGACCAACGCUCGGUCCCCAGUCCCCAGAGCCCGCAACCGCAUCGGCAAGUCUCGUGACCCCAACCGUGGCAAGCCCUGGUCCCACCGCCGCCUCUCCCUCAAAGGUCAGAAAAUUCUUCAAACUCUCAUGGACCCACUUUUUGAUUCUGCUAAACUACAUGAAGUUUUGCUUCAAUUUUUUGAGCCAUCAUCUCAAGAGAGAGUUUUUUCUAGUGUGGAGUCCUUGUCUUUUGAUGUGUCUGGUAUAAUAAAGGGUUUAAGGUUUAACAAGAAACAUGACUUGGCUUUGAGUGUGUUUGAGUGGGUUCGGAAUCAUAAAGAUUGUAAAUUGAUUUUGAAUGGCUCUAUUGUUGCUGUGGUUAUUGGUAUUCUUGGCAAACAAGGUAGGGUGUCAGCCGCCAAGUCUUUGCUUCACAAUUUACAAAAAGAUGGGCUUGAUAUUGAUGUUUAUGUUUAUACUUCUUUGAUAAGUGCUUGUUCUAGUAAUGAGAGGUAUAAAGAAGCCGUGAUGCUUUUUAAGAAAAUGGAGGAAGAGGGAUGUAAACCUACAUUGAUAACUUAUAAUGUGAUUUUGAAUGUGUAUGGGAAAAUGAGUACGCCCUGGAAUAAGAUUAUGGAUGUUGUUGAUGGCAUGAAGAAUGCUGGGAUUGCCCCUGAUUUGUAUACUUAUAAUACGCUUAUAAGUUGUUGUUGCCGUGGCUCUUUGUAUGAAGAAGCAGCUGCGCUUUUUGAGGAGAUGAAAUCAAGAGGGUUUACACCGGAUAAGGUUACUUAUAAUGCGUUUUUGGAUGUUUAUGGAAAGUCUAGGCGGCCAAAGGAAGCCAUGGAGGUGUUGAGAGAGAUGGAGUUGAAUGGGUUUGCUCCUAGCAUUGUGACUUACAAUUCAUUGAUAUCGGCAUAUGCUAGAGAUGGUCUGUUGGAUGAAGCAAUGGAUCUUAAAAAUCAAAUGGUGGAGAGAGGGAUUAAGCCUGAUGUAAUCACAUACACCACCCUUUUGUCUGGAUUUGAGAAAUCUGGGAAGGAUGGGUCUGCGAUGAAGGUUUUUAAGGAGAUGGAAAGUGCUGGGUGCAAACCAAAUAUCUGCACCUUUAAUGCCCUUAUUAAGAUGUAUGGUAACCGUGGAAUGUUUGAAGAAAUGAUGAAGGUCUUUGAAGAGAUUGGUCAUUGUAGUUGUACCCCUGAUAUUGUUACUUGGAAUACUCUUCUGGCAGUGUUUGGGCAAAACGGAAUGGACUCAGAAGUAUCAGGAGUGUUUAAGGAAAUGAAGAGGGCGGGGUUUGUGCCUGAAAGGGACACCUUCAACACCUUAAUCAGUGCAUACAGCAGGUGUGGUUCUUUUGACCAAGCCAUGGCUGUUUAUAAGAGAAUGCUGGAAGCAGGGGUUGCUCCAGACCUUUCCACCUACAAUGCUGUUUUGGCUGCACUUGCCCGGGGAGGACUUUGGGAACAGUCUGAGAAAGUACUUGCUGAAAUGAAGGAUGCUCAGUGUAAACCCAAUGAGCUGACAUAUAGUUCUUUGCUUCAUGCUUAUGCCAAUGGCAGGGAGACUGGACGUAUGUGUGCUUUGGCAGAAGAGAUAUAUUCUGGUGCAAUUGAACCCCAUCCUGUGCUUUUGAAGACCCUUGUUUUAGUAAAUAGUAAAAGUGACCUUCUAACAGAGACCGAGCGUGCUUUCUUGGAGUUGAGUAAAAGAGGGUUUUCACCUGACAUAACUGCUCUCAAUGCCAUGGUUUCUAUAUAUGGCAGGAGGCAGAUGGUUACCAAAACAAAUGAGAUUUUGACUUUCAUGAAUGAGAGUGGGUUCACUCUGAGCUUGACAACUUACAAUAGUUUGAUGUAUAUGUACAGCCGCUCCGAAAACUUUGAGCGAGCAGAAGAAACUUUGAGGGAACUUUUGGAGAAAGGAAUAAAGCCUGACAUAAUUUCAUAUAAUACUGUUAUUUAUGCCUACUGUAGAAAUGGUCGGAUGAGGGAGGCUUCACGGAUAUUCUCGGAAAUGAAGGAUUCUGGCAUUGUUCCAGACGUGGUCACUUAUAAUACCUUUGUUGCUAGCUAUGCUGCUGAUUCCAUGUUCCCGGAUGCCAUUGAUGUGGUUCGAUUCAUGAUAAAGCAUGGAUGUAAACCAAACCAGAACACAUACAAUUCCAUUGUAGAUUCUUACUGUAAGCACAAUCGUCACGAUGAGGCAAGCAUGUUUGUUAACAACCUUCAUAAGCUUGAUCCACAUGUUUCCACGGCAGAAGAAUUCAGGUUAUCAGAACGUAUAAGAAAUAAAUGGUCUUAGAAAAUUCUCCUCUUUAAAUGGAUGACAGUUUGUCCCUUGUUUUUUAGCUUCUUACACUCUAAUCAAUCCAGUCCUUUGUUCUCUCUUUUCAUGCCCGUGUUAUAUAUAGUUUGGGCAGGGAGAUGAGGAGAAAUCAGAUGGUGUUGUACAUAAUUAUGUUCUUUCUCUGGGAGCUUAAAAGAAGGAUUUGAUUCUCGACAUUUAAGGCUGGCCAUGUACGUUGUAUAAAUCAGAUGACAGAAGAAAAGGAGGGGAGUUGAGUAAAUUUUAAGUUAUGUAUGAUUUCCCACAUAGCAUUGAAUUGAAAAACAAUAUGUACAGUUAACCUCUUGUUGCAAGAAGAAAUUCAUUUUUUUUCUUCUAAUA